CAUUCAAUCAUCGCAUUUUCGUGCGGCGCUGAGCGUAACUAGUUCGCGAUUUUUGUUAUUCCACAAUUUUUCCUCCAGUAGUGAAUUGAACUUGGCCCAAUUACACGAUCAACCAAACGAAGAUGAACGUCGAGGAGCUUUACGAUAUCUACAACACGCUCAAAGAUGCUGGCGACAAAAUCUCCGAGCAUUCAAAGGAAUAUGAAAAAGUUAUCAAGGCAACACGGCUUGGUCCAAAGGAAAAGAAACUUAGCACAGAUAUUAUCAAAACAUUCUUUUCAUCUUUCCCAGCACAACAAUCAAAAGCUCUCAGUGCAAUCUUUGACUUGUGUGAAGAUGAAGACAAAAAUAUUCGAAUUGGUGCAAUGAAAGCUCUUCCAUCUUUUUGCAAUGACACAUUAUCUCAUCUGGUGAAAAUCACUGAAGUGAUGGGACAAAUGCUGGGAGUUGAUGAUCCCACUGAACAGACAUGUGCUACCAAUGCUUUCUAUGAAGUAUUGAAGAAAGAUCCAGUAUCAGUCAUAAAUAAUGUAUUUCUGAUCAUUCAAAGUCCAGAUCUGCUACCCAUUGCGAGAUAUAGAUGUAUUCAGUUUAUUUUGACAAAAGUUAAACAAUUAGAUUCCAGUAUAAUGACUACUGAGGUUCAGGAUUUGAUGAUUACAAAUAUUAAAGUUGCAUUAAAUAAUUGUAUUGCUGACGAGUUUGUAUUGCUAAUAAGUUACUUGGUAUCAACGAAUUUAGUAAAGUCGUUUGUUGGACAACAGGAAAUCACUCAAAUUAUUCUGCAGCAGAUCGAAAUUGACAAGGACUUUAAGCCGUAUCAAGCGAAUGGAAAGGCUCACUUCACAAAUCGUCUUGUAACUUGCGUCAAAUUUAUCUUGCCAUUUUUUUCUGCUAAAAAUGAAUCAACACAGUUAGUUAAAUAUUAUUGCGAUAAAGUUUUGGAUCAAUGGGAGGCGAUCGGCGCUUUGAAUAACGGAAUUCAAUAUCAAACAGGUAUUGCACAGCAAUUGGCGAUAAUGGCACCGUUUUGCGGCAGUUUGGAAAAUCCAACGAAACAAGUUGAGACCAUCUUUAAUGUAUUACAGUUGUACAUGCCGCAACCACCAGAGAACACAUCCAGCAACGAAAUGCCCGAGUUCAACUUCUCCAUCGUCGAAUCUUUGCUCUGCGCAUUCCACGCGCUUGCCCGUCAGUGUCCAGAGUUCCUCACUGAAGACCCAGCACGUUUGAAAGACUUCCGCGCGCGAUUACUGUAUUUCUCCCGCGGCAUACAGGGCUGCAAAAAGGUGUUGAGCCUCAACGCCACGGAUAAAGUAUUCAACGCCGAAGAGAAACGUAUCCGCGAGAUGUGCCCGCAGCUGCUCACGAAUAUUCAAACGCUUGUCAAAGACUUAUUUUACACGCCGCCUGUCUACAAAUGCAAGAUAACACUUUCGUUUACCAAAAAAGAGGAGGCGUCCGCGAAGGCGGCGGCGGAGCAGAAGCCUGUGGUGGAGGCGGUUGCGGCGGUCGGGAAUAAACGGCACGUGCCGAUCACGUUCGAAAAUAGUAGUAACGGCGCGUCCCAUCAAAAUGCGAAGCGCGGCGGCUUCACCGGCGACAAGAAGAUCUACACGCCGCCGAGUGGUAAGUUCAGUCAGAAUUUCCAACGCGGGCGUGGCGGCGGCUGGUAUAGAGGAGGGCGAGGGCGCGGCGGCUACAGGGGUGGCUACCGCAACUGAUGGUAGGUGGGUUUUGUUUGUGUGUAUGUGUGCGAGGUUGGCAAGAGGUAAAAGAGUACAAGGUUCGUAAGUAUUCAUCGAUUCUAUUAAUGAUGUUUGAUUCAUUUGAUUAUUACCUAUGAGGCGGCUUGAAUUUUUCGUUAUUUGCUAGCCUAGUCAUUCAAUUUCUUCGAGUUUGAUUCAAAACUUUAAAUUCAUUCUAGUUUUUGGCACAUAAAUAAAUUAUGAGUGUUUUUCAGUUUAUAUAGAUACUUUUAUACUGACGUAAUUUUACUGGAUUAGAAAUUUACAAAUUAUUGUAAAUAUUAGAGAAUUUUCAAUAUAUAAUCCUGGAAAUUUAGAUUCUAGCUGUACUGUCACACAAAUGAUUCGAGAGUUCUAUGGGAUGAAUGUUUGGUUUGACUGUCGCUUAAAUUGUGUUUGCAUAUUUAACCGUUCUCUUUAGGAAUCAUCCUCCGAUCAACCAAAACCAACGUACCGACCGCCCCCAAUCGCCAUAGAUUGUACAUACAAUUUCGUGUGCUUUUACAGGCAAGCGCUAAAUGGUUGAUUUCUCUUAAAUAAUUGGCGCAUUGGUAUCUUCAAACAUGUUAAUCAUGCGUAUUGCAACAAUUCGACAAAAGUAAUUUGUACCUAGCUAUACUUCUUAUUAUAAAGUUCAUCUAUAACAUAAACAAA